AUGCCUACAACGGAACACUUUGCAGCACUGAAAAUGAAUAAGCUACAGUUAAAAACAGCAACACAGAUCAUCAUGCAAUUGAUGUUGCAAGAAGGUCGUAUCUUCAUAUUUGGGCUCCUCCAGUGGCUCAGCGAUAAAGAACCUGCCUGCAAUGCAGGAGUCACAGGAGCCAUGGGUUUGAUCCCUGGGUCAGGCAGAUCUUCUGGAGGAGGGCAUGGCUAUCCAUUCCGGUAUUCUUGCCUGGAGAAUCCCAUGGACAGAGGAGCCUGGCGAGCUACCAUCCAUAGUGUCACAAAGAAUUGGAAACAACUGAAGUGA